CUACUGCGUCUGCCCUCCAUGCGCGGUGACUGCAGCCUGCCCCCAGAUGUCCCUAACGCCCAGCCGGACCUGAGGGGGCUCUCCAGUUUCCCCCAGGACACCACCAUCACCUACAAGUGCAGCGAGGGUUUUGUCAAAGUCCCCAGCCUGCCCGACUCCAUAGUCUGCCUGGAGAGUGAAUGGUCAGAAAUUGCAGAGUUUUGCAACCGGAGCUGCGCUGUGCCCCCCAGGCUGCUGUUUGCAGCUCUCAAGAAGAUCUACAGCAAGCAGAACUACUUCCCGGCGGGCUCCACCGUGGAGUACGAGUGCCGCAUGGGGUACAAGAGGGACCCCAGGCUCUCAGGACAACUCACCUGCCUGCAGGACUUUGCAUGGUCCAAGCCAGUAGAGUUUUGUAAGAAAAAAUCAUGUCCUAAUCCUGGAGAAAUCAAAAAUGGUCACAUCAAUAUAACAACCGACAUAUUGUUCGGCGCCUCCAUCUUCUUCUCGUGUAACACUGGGUACAAGUUAGAAGGGGAGACGUCCAGCUACUGCUCUCUAGCAGACAACACUGUUCGCUGGAGCCACCCAUUGCCAGAAUGCAAAGAAAUUCACUGUCCGGACCCACCAGAAAUUGCCAACGGGACCAUUCAGGAGCCACAGACCACCUACGUGUACCAGCAGUCCGUGACCUAUCGCUGCGCCAAGGGCUUCCAGCUGGUUGGGGGCAGCUCCAUCUACUGCACCAUGAAGGGCGACCAGCCAGCCUGGAGCAGCCCUGUCCCUGCGUGCAAAGAAAGUUCUCAAAUUUCCAAGGUCACACCAGCAGUUCAAAAACCCACUACAGUAACUGCUCCAGUGAAGCAGAGCCCAGCGGCUCCCAAGGCGACCACACGUGUCCACACCACCAGCACGGCGAAGGGGCAAGGCCCCCCUCCUUCAGGUGCUAACAACAUUGCAGUUGGUAAGUUUGGCUCUCCGGUGGUUAAAAGAAAUUGCCUUCACUGUGGGAAGUACAAUCCGUAUUCCUGGAAGAACAUACUGUCUUUUAGAUGUCUUAGGAAUACUAUUAAAAUGCAGUGUUUGUGGGUACCAAAGAGAAAACAGGUAAAUGCAUUUUAUCGACAUGUUUUGUGGAAACCAAUGAGAACGGGGUACAUUCCUAAGUAUUCCCGACCUUGUUCUUGUUCCAAGGUCAUUUUGGGGCAACUUCAGGUCACAUGGCCAAUCAGUCGUGUAUCCCUGCGAGCCUCUUGUAUGACGGCAUCCUCCUAGGGCUGAAGAAGCUCAGGAAGAAGCUGAUGGUUAAUCCAAUCUCUCUCCUCAAGUAUUUUUUAGCUAAUCAUAAACUGCUCCGUGGCCAUUUCCAGAUUACUAUCCCGUGCCAAAGAAAACCGUGCUACCUUUGUGUACACCCUCUUCCUUUUCUCUUCCCUUUCAUUUGCAGCAAAGUUAUUUUCGAAAAUAUUAUGUUGUUGUAGACAUGAGGCCAAAAGCACACAUCUGUGGAAUGGAUCUCCUGUCUUUUGCUCUAGUUCCUUUUUUGUCCAUAUAUUAUUUGAUGUUAUGAAUUAACAGGGACAUGAAUAAAUCCUGAUAAAGGUGGUAAGGGAAAUGUUUGUUAAGAAGCAGUACAGCUUAAUUGAUAAGUAAUGGCCAAUAGAAAAUAUACUCUUACUAAGAAGUGUAUAUUUUUAAAUUAUUCCCUUAUGAACUGAAGUAUCCAACGUUAUGCAUGUGUGAAUUGGCCAAGUUAGUAUAAAGCCAAAAGUGAGCAUUUAUUAUUAUUACUAUGGUUUUCUUAUAUUUGACUGAACCACUCCUAAAUGAAAAGCUCUAUUUUGAAAGGUUCCAACAGUUGAAAUUCACUUUGUUCAUUCUAUAUUUUUAAACAAAUAAAUGUAUUCUAAGUGAAACCAGCACGAGAAGGAGUUAAUGUUGACAACAGGGAUGAGUUCAGUACGUGAGCUUUCCUGGCCUGCUCAGCAGAAUUCAAGGAAGGUUUGAUGUGCAUGUUCUUUUUCUCUGAAAUUCAUGAAGUUUAGAGUAUGAUUUCCCAGGAAUCCUCUCUUAGGUGAACUGUAAUUCCAACCUAUAUUCAAGAAUAAAGAGCUCCCUGCCUCUUCAGUCAGACACUGGGCAGUGCCUGUGUGAGUGUGACCCUACACUUAUGACAGAAAAACAUGAAAGUUAGCUUUAGUUCUUAGGUUUAUUCUGUGAAUCAAGUCACUUUUCUCAUUUUAAAGAUUAUCAAGGAAAUUGCUUUUGUCACUACACUGCAGUGUGAGUGGUGCUGAGUCAUUAGGAUUUCACAAGUAUUUGAACUUUUUCCUAUUUAAUUUCACCAGGAAAGAGACUUAUCUUUGCACUUCCUCAUGUGCUACAUUAACGAAGUCUGGAGAUAUCUAUACCAGUGUUUCUCCACUUGCUUCAUCAUUGCCCUCUCCCUUUCAGGAAUUUUUGACUCCCCCCACCCCCACCCAGUAAUCCCUGUGGAUCCCCACGAAACUUUAAAACCACACAUAUACUGACAAUCUAUGUCCAUGCUAGGCAUGCGUACAAACGUCCACACACACGUUACACCUGAACGCAUGAGUUCCUUUCUUCCCGUGUGGGAGAUGCCCCCACUGAGAACAGGUGCUCUCAGCUGUUGCUUCUGUUUUUGUUUUUAAGACAAAACCUUAGAGAAGAAAGGCUUGUGCCUUGGAGUCCGACAGACCUUGGUUUGUGUCUUGUUUUCUUUUUCAUUCUGUAAUUCCUCUCCCCAAGUUCCAGUUUUCUCCCUUAUGAGCUGGAGAUCAUGAUUUCUACCUCAAGUCUCUGACGUUUAAAUGUUUACGUUGACAAUGCCUAGCACAGCACUAAGAGUUGAACAACUGCAGCUUAAAGAGGUUGCCAGAUACAGUUGCAACUGUUUUCUGAACAUGAAUUUCUGGCAAUUCUGUUACUCCCUCUGGACAUGCCAAGGCAGCAGCAAGUCUCUUACGGUAUCUGCGUGUCCACUACAGGCAGAGCCCUGUGCUGCGGUUUUUGUACAUAUUCAUUUACCCCUCACCAUGGUCCUGCAUGGGGCCAGUGCCCACCUGUGGCUGAGACUGUGGCUGUGCACCUUGCCAGUUGUAGCAUGCCUCCAUGUGCAGGGGGCAGGCAGGUGACCGUUUCUCCAACAUGGGGUUCGUGAAGGUAGAACGGGUCUCGUCCUGGCCACGGGACAGAAACUGCACGAGCCAAAUCCACUGGCUAGAGGUAGCCCUGGAUCUUGUAGGUUUGCUUUGUUCCCCCAUGGCAGAAAUGCUACCUUUGACAGUCAUAAACCCCUCUGGGGAGUCAUGGGGGAGCAGAAGGGAAAUGGAAGGAAAAGCAGGUGACUGCUUGGUGCAGCAGCCUCACCCUCCUCUGUUCUCUCAGGGCAUAUGCUUGCUUACCGCCGCACACUUCUGAGUGUGGAUGUGUCACAGACUGGUACAAACUGGGGGUAUCCUUGGUGGCAAUGUGAAAUGUAAAGGCCUCUCCUGUGCUCUCUGCCUGUGCAACGACAGGCGGCAGGCCAGGCCUGGCAGACAGUGACUUCAUGUUGUGCAGAGAGCAUGCAAAUGGCGUAGUCCUGCAGUUGCCUGGGGCUGCUGGGUCUGAGGAGAGUGUGUGGGUUUCCUUUAUUUAACAAAUGAAAGAAAUACACAGGCACAGAGAAUGCAGUGAAAGUCGAGUUUAAGGCUUGCAUCUGUGGAAGUCUCUGUCCAGCAGCACGUCAGCUGCCCACAGGCCUGUCCCCUCAUUGGUGUGAAACAGGAUGAGAAAGCAGCACACACCUUGCCCUCCGCUUUCCAGGCGCUUGUAGUAUGUGGGCCAUGUUCCUGCUUUAUUGAUCGACGGGAAAGUUUUUGAGGUGCCCAGGAGAACCCACAUUUCUCCAGAAAGGGCGCCAAGCAUCAUUUAAUUAAUACCAGGUCCUUUAGGAAGAAUUCUGGUGUGAGGUCUUUGGAGGUGGAGAUGAUGCUGUGUAUGUACAGUGCUCACGGUCUCAAUUUUUUCAGCUACUGGUGAGUGAGUCGUGAGCACGUCCAUGGCCUCACGGCUUACCCUGUGGGCACUGGUCCCACGGGCUGCCACAUGGGCUCAGCGGUGCAGCCCCUUCUCCCCCUGAGUUGUUUUUAACUCCAUGUAGAUAUAUUUCAUGUCAGGGGUGGGGUCGCUAAAACCCUCCUAAGUGGUCUGAGGGUCCGUGUUGUUCUCACGUAAGUGCUCCUCAAUUAACGAUUAAGGACAUUAGAACCAUGGCCAUCAUUUCACACGUGGUUUCAUAGUCUCAUUAUCCCAAGGUGUAAAAAUCUGAACUUGACCCUGACUCACCUUUGGGGUGGAUUCCUGUCCACACCAAGACUAAACUAUUGCCUUUGUACCUCCAUAUUUUCAUCUUGUCUAAUUUGAGAGCUAGACUCUUACUGAUUCACUAACGGCUCUUGUGUGAGAAUUUUUUCUCAUAUUUCCAUAUUUGCUCUGGUGUCCUGUUGACCCACCAACCUCCACACACCUCCGGGGACUGCGUGUGUCCCCAGAGGUUCCUGUGGCCCAGCAGCAGUGAAGCACUUUUGAAUUUCUUUUUUAUUUAUUUCUUUUCUAUUUUUAUAUUCCCCAUACAAUUGCACCCCCCCUUAUUUUGGCCCCAAUCCCUCCUUUCCCUGCCCCCCACAUAGUGUGUUUCUGGUUUAUAGUUGUUUGUCGAUUUUGAUUUUUUCUCUCUUAUAGUUAUUCUUUUUCCUGGUCCCUUAUUUAGGUUGUCUUUCCAUUUCUUUGUGUCUACUUCUAUUUCUUUUAACAGUGUUUUAUAGGUUUUUUUUGUAUAGGUCCUUUACUUCUUUUGUUAGGUUUAUUCCCAAGUAUUUGAUUUUUUUUGUUUCAAUAAUAAAAGAAAUGGUUUUCUUGAUUUCUUCUUCUUCAGAUUUAUUGUUUGUGUAUAGGAAGGCUACUGAUUUUUUUCGUGUUGAUUUUGUAUCCUGCCACUUUACUAAACUGAGUUUAAUUAGUUUUUCUGUGGAGUUUUUGGGGUUUUCUAUGUAUAUUAUCAUAUCGUCCACAAAUAGUGAUAGUUUGACUUCUUCCUUGCCUAUUUGAAUGCCUUGUAUCUCUUUCUCUUGUCUUAUUGCUCUGGCUAGGACUUCUAGUAUUAUGUUGAAAAGCAGUGGUGAGAGUGGACAUCCUUGUCUUGUCCAGACCUUAAUGGGAAUGCUUUCAGUUUUUCGCCAUUGAGAAUGAUAUUGGCUAUGGGCUUGUCAUAUAUGGCCUAUAUGAUGUUGAGGUAUGUUCCUUGUAUCCUGAGAAUUUCAAGGGCCUUUAUUAUAAAUGGGUGUUGUACUUUGUCGAAUGCUUUCUCAGUAUCUAUGGAUAUUAUCAUAUGUUUUUUAUAUUUCUUCUUGUUGAUGUGUUGGGUUACAUUGAUUGAUUUUUGCAAGUCGAGCCAUCCUGGUGUCCCUGGAAUAAAUCCUACUUGGUCGUGGUGAAUUAUCUUAUGAAUGAAUUGUUGGAUUCUGUUGGCAAGGAUUUUGUUGAGGAUUUUUGCAUUAGUGUUUAUUGGGGAGAUUGGCCUGUAAUUUUCUUUUUUUGUGCUGUCUAUGUUUGGUUUUGGUAUUAGUGUAAUGUUGGCUUCAUAGAACGUAUUUGGUAGUAUUCCUUCUUUUUCAAUUUUUUGAAAGAGUUUGUGUAGGAUAGGCACUAAUUCACUGCUGAACAUUUGGUAGAAUUCAUUGUGAAGCCAUCUGGGCCUGGGCUUUUUGUUUUUGGGGAGUGCUUUGAUUACUGCUUCAAUUUUGCUGCUUGUAAUUGUUCUGUUUAGUUGUUCUAUUUCUUUUUUGUCCAGCUUUGGAUGAUUAUAUCGUUCUAGGAAUUUGUCCAUCUCUUCUAGGUUGUUGAAUUUGAUUGCAUAUAAGUGUUUAUAGUAAUCUCUGAUUAUUCUUUUGAUUUCCGCUAGUCUGUUGUGAUUUCUCCUCUUUCAUAUAUAAUCCUAUUUAUAUGUGUUUUCUCCUGUUUUUUCUUUGUGAGCCU